AUGCCUAUGCUUAUUCACUCGUCGUCCUUGGUAGUCAUUGAAACUUUCGGAAUGGAACCGCUGCCUGUUGACGGUAACAGUCUCGCAUGGCUUCUUAGAGCGAUGUGGAUCCAAAAAGCACUCUCCGACCCCUGUGCACUUCACACUACCCUUUAUGCUGCAUCGGCCCACUUGGAUGCAUUUCGAGGCGUCAAAAAUAAUAAUAUGACGCUAUACCACCACACAGCGGCACUGCAACUGCUCCAGGAGAGAAUAGCGGACCCUGGAGCGGUGUUCAGCGAGUCUCUCAUGGCUUGCAUUGCACCAUUAGUCUUCUUCUCGGCUCUCUUCGGCGACAAAGGAUCAUCCAAUAUGCACAAGAUAGCAUUGAUGCAAAUGAUCAAGGCACAAGGUGGUCUUGAUCAUCUCGCUCUUGGUGGGUUCCUCUCGGGACUUAUAACAGUAUGCGUUCUCACUGAAGCGAUCAUCAUGGACUCCCAACUCGACAUACCUUUCUUAGAUAUUCCUCCCACUCCACUCGCGCCUCCAACAUACUUCACAUCUGCCAUCCUGCGUCGUGCAGCUCAUAGAGAAAGAAGAUACUACAACCUCUCCCGUGCAGCAAUCGAAAUCUUCGAAGAUAUUGAUGUUGUCGCCCGCCUUUUGCCGGACCACCCAAGCGCCAUAGAUCUCCGAGCCAAAUGGGCAGCCAAAACAGAGCACUUGUUGUUGUCUUCAGAUCACCAGCAAAAUCGAGGUAGCAAUGACGACAUAUUUAUCGAGCCGCACGCCGAUGCUAUAACACAGGCUUGCCAGACAGCUGCCUUGAUAUUCUGGUACUUGUUUCUUGACGACGAGUACGUCGCUCCAUUUCGUAUGACUGUUCUGCAGCGUCUCGUUCGAAAGUUACAAUAUGCGAUAUCUAGUGGUAGCAUGGAUACCUGGGUGAGAGUAGCACCCGAAGCACACACUUGGAUAUGUCUACUUGGGACAGCCGCAGCUUUAGAUAUGAACGACCGGGUGUGGUUCAGUCUCAGGCAUGGUCAGCCAGUGAUAUGUAUCGAGGGUAGAGGAGCAUCGGUGUUCUUACAGAGUUGGAGCAUGUAUAGUUGGGCGAAUCGUCGACGGAAUGAGAGGAUGAUGGCGGCCGAAGGGGGGGAUGUUAUCUCGGAGGGAGAACAUGGAUUUGGCAGAGAACAAUACGAAGAGGAGGAAGAGGAGGAAGUGAAGGACGAGAAGGACGAGGAGGAUGAGGUAUACGAGAAAAAAAGUGAAUAA